GUAUUUACCACAUGAGGAUCGAUGAGAUUUUUGUACAAAGGCUUUACUCUCCUUUUAAAACAGAAUUAACAUGGAUUUUUGUUUCAUAUGAAUGUCUGACAGUUUAUACAUCUAGAGACUGUUUAACCGUAGCUCUUUACUCUACAUCCUGUCAGUAAAGUAGAGACUGACUGGGAUAUCUGCUAAACAGAACAUGUAACAUGUAAUCUGGCAAUUUCUAUAUUCCAAACAUUAAAAAAAAAUAUUAUUCCACUCAGGUUUCAAUUCACUUUUAGUUGAUUGGAAAACUGAGUUGUUAAAAAUCCCGUUGGAGAGAUUAGGAAUGUAUGACAGAAUUGAUAUAUCUGAUUAUGUGCGAUUCAAAUUAAUCUUGCACACUAAAUGUUAUUAGGUCAGUGCCUCGCACAACAGAGUGGGGCUCAGGCACAUCUGACUGCUUCAGAAGGACAGAAUUAAUGUUCAUCACAGGCCAGAGGGAGGCAGUGUAGUCUUCCAAGUCAAUCUUUUCUUACACUUGAAUAAAAGCCAGACCUAGAAUCAGUCAGGCAAAUAAAGAAGGAAGGCAGGUAGGAAGGUAGGAAGGCAAAUGAACCUGUACCAUUAAUAUGUUUCACACCUCACACUCUAAUCGUUCUCAGUCUUUGUUCUCAUUCUUGUAGAUUCACUCAUGUCUUUGUCUCUGUGUGUGACUGCAUUCCCAGGAGGGUGUAUCAGGGUAUACAGUGCCAUCUCCAUGCUUAGUGUAUUUAUAUCCCCCCCAAUCCUUCCUCUCCUCCCACCGCACAGGAAAAUGAUCUCUAUUUAAAACACCAUCUGCAAAUACCAUCCAGGGCACCGUAACGCUCCCAAUAUAACCUCGCUGCGCAGCCAGCUGAGGGGUCCAGUCAGCGGACUCAGUCUGAGCUGUAAAGGGUGUGACAGGCUCCCACUCCGCUCUCUGGAUUUGUGUUUUCUUCGAUGUCUGGAUGGACACCAUGAAGAGAGGAGAAGAUUCAGAGGAAGUAGAGAUUGACUUGGGGGACUCCAGCGAAACUGAUGAAUUUGAUAAUGGGGAGGAACCUCAGAUGCUGUGGAGGGCCCCUCCUGCUCCGGAAGAAGAGGAAAACAUUCACACGUCAGCGCUCGUAGAAAUCAGUGAUACCAAACCUCUGAUUAACGUCAGAGACCCUCGAGGAAUCAAUGACUGUCUCAAGGUGACGUUUGAGGAUGUGAUUGCCGAGCCGCCGCCGGUGCGCAGUGGGGACAGAGUGUGGAUCUGGAGUCACGCCCUGUUUGAGGUGUCAAGGGUUUGGAUCUACAGGAUAGUCACGGUGCUUCUGGCCGUUCCCGUGUCAAUAAUCUCUGGUGUUCUCUUCGCCAUCUUCAGCUGCUUCCACAUCUGGAUGGUCGGUCCUUGUGUCCAGUGCCUCUCUAUUGGCACACGCUGGCUGCAGAACUUAUGGAACAUUGUGCUGGACGUCAUAGUGCGUCCCGUCUUCUUGAGUGCUGGGAGAUGCUGUGGAGGCUUCAGCAUUCACCUGGCCAAAGAAUGACACUCACACAUCCAGACUGGUAUCAAACGUCACGUGCACUGGUGUUCUAGAGGACUUGAGCCCAAGUGGGCAUCGAUACUGGAAUCUUUAAAAUAAUGUUUUAUUGCAACUACAGUUAGAAUUGAAAAUUUUUGUGACAAUUUUAAACAAUAAUAUGGACCUGACGCUGUGGCAUAGUGAUGCUAAGCUCAAUCCAUGUGUGUGAAAUCGGUGUCAUGAGGCCAAAAAGAGAAUCAGAGUAGUAGUUGGGUUACGACUCUGGACUUUGAAGUAAUUUCAAUGUAAUUUGCUAUCCAAACACAAUUUCAUCUUUUUUGUCAUGGUAUUUGGGUUUGGUGUCAUAUUUUGUUCAUUUUCUACACAGGCCAGUUUCUAGACUGCCUUGAUUGGGGGGGGGGCACCAACUGCUACUGUUUUGAGUGCCAUGAUGUUUUUUUGUAUUCCUUCCAGUCCAUGAUGCCAACCCAGACGUAAGCAUCGCAUAUUCGCCAUGGUUCCAUCGGCAAAGCUCUAACAGGAAUUCUUUUUCUGUAUUGACAAAGAAAACAAAUUCUGUGGCCAAAAAAUGACUGAUGUAUGUCUACUAACAUAUGUUCAAUUGAAAUUUGAAGCUACAAUGUAAGUGGCAUUUUUUAUUUUAAACUCACCUCCACCUCUCCGUUGCAGGAAGACAACUUUAUCAAUGCCCAAUUCUAGUUAGUUAUCUAAUAUUAAAUGGAACCUAACCCUAAAUAUUGCGCAACUGGUAGAUAGAAAUUUCGAGACAUGGAAACAACACACGCUUUUGAUAAUCCCGGUGAUGCUAUAAUCACCAGCACCAAAACAUGGACAUAUCAAUGCACAACCCCAUAGCAUUAAAAAAAUAAUAAAAAAAAAAAAAUAAAACAGCUGUUCCAUAAUAAAAAACAUCUUGCCAUCAUUCGUUAUCCAUGUCUACCUCUUCUAGCUGAAGCUGCAGUUGAUUUUAAAAACAAAUCAGUCGGUUUGCAGCCUUUUUCACCGUCAGCCAACAGUGCUCUCUUAGAUUUCUCUCUUUUUCUCCGCUCCCCCCUUGUGUCACUUGAUGAGUGGAGGUAGUUUUGUGUUAUUUCAAACCAUGAACGUUUUUGAACAUCCGAAAGAAAUUUCGCCACAAAAGAAGACUGAAAGUUCGUAACUGCAGAGAGUAACCAUGACUGUGAUAUAGAGACUUGUAUGUGGUAUUUAAAGAGUGAUCAAAUGAUGCAAUGUAUGAACAUGAAAAGGUUGGAGGGAUUGCAUAGUCAUUUAGUCUUAGAAUAACUCAGCCUGCAAAUGUUUAAGUUUACCAGUUUGCUAUAGUCUCGGCGGCAUGGGCUGGAAGAUAAUUAUCUUAUUUGGGUUUUGUUUUUUACCUCGGAGUGGCCAACGCUCUCUUAUUCCUAUCGUAUCUCGGUUUGUCGAACAUACAAUUCAUCCAAUCCAACCAACGAACAAAGGCAACGUGCUGGCCAAUUACAGGUGUUGGGGGGCGGGUCACUGAGUCAUACUCAUGAGAGGAAGACGCUGUUAGAGCGUGACGGUCAUGUUCGACUCACAGAGUCGCAAGUUAGCCGAGGUGUUAGGUAUAGAUAUUCGUAUUUUUUCCCCAAAAAAAUACGCGGACAAGAAGUGACGAUGCGAACGGGAGCGAACAGGAAGCAGCGAUAUUCACUUCUACUGGAAACGUAAGCACUGAAGUUAACAGUAACACUGGCGUAAACAUUCAUGCUAGGAGAGGUAGCUACAGCAGCUAGGUAGCACAAGGAGCAGCACCUAGCAGUGUAAUUCGUCUGCAAGAAACGUGAGUGACGACGUCGACAACAACAACAACAACAACAACAACAACAACACAGAGGUUCACAGCAACAUUACAGCUGCGAGGAACAGCAACAGGCCAUUGAGCUUACUGACCUGGGCACGGAAGAUCCCCAAAGACGACUCAUGCAGAGCUUUCCUUCGCGCCUUUUCUCGGGGAAAAAAAGGUCAUUCUGCAGUUCCUGGUUUGGAAGCUUUCCCUGGCUGGAGUACUUAGUUCAUGCAGAUGCUGCAUACUGCUAACCAUGCAGAAUGUUUCAUUGACCCAGACACAGUGAUCAAACUUUGAAUGUAAUUGGUUUCCACGACUGGAAACAUACAUGCAAUGGAAAACGGAAAGGGACUAAACAGGCAUGCUGCAUCCAAAGAGCACCUGACUUGUUGAGGCCAUGUGGAGGAACAAGGAAUGACGACAAUUCAGGCAAGUAAGGAAAUCUCAACACUUAUUAACACUGAUCAACUGCAGCACAACAGAUAUGAUCUGUCUGCAAUUACUGAUGUCACGGAGUUCCUUGCUGUGAACCAACUACCCUUUAGAGGUGACCACGACACAUACAGUGCUAUGAAUAAGGAUGGAUGUGGGCUAUUUGUUGUCUCUAUUUGUAUGUCUCUAUCAUCAGUCAGGUGUAUGAUGGGGCCUCGCUCAUGUCAGGUGAACAUGGAGGGGUACAGAAACUGCUGCAGCAAAAACUGGACAGAGAGAUACAAUAUGUCCACUGUUAUAAUCAUCAUCAGGAUUUGGUGGUCAUCCAUGCCCUGGCGGUUGAAAAGGCCGUGAUGGACUUCUUCAGAUUUUGUAUUUUGAAACAGUUCCAGAGGCCACUGGAAGCAAUGCCGACCGUCUUGACAGCAUUUAAACACUGCCUGACUUUUGGGAAAAUUCAUUUUCCACUAUUAAAAAUGUCUUCACAGAGCAUCGCCAAACCAUGCUUCAUCAACGCAAGGCCAACCUGAUCCAGUUGGGAUUUGAGAAGGACUUGACUCAAAUAUUUAGGAAUGAGGGGAAGGACAUUGUUUUAAGAAGGUUUCACACAGUCGCCAAUCUACUAAAAGUGGUUAAACCUUUGUGUAUCUCUCUCUCACACACACACAGAUACACAAACUUAGGUCACUUGUAGGCAGAAGUGUAACACUGCUUUGUUCUGCUCCUUGUGCUCCCUAGCUGCUGUAGCUACCUCUCCCAGUAUGAAUGUUUACAUCAGUGUUCAGGUUGACAUCAAUGCUUCUGUUUCCAGUAGAAGUGAAGCUGUAUGGUGCUAUGCAUGCCACAACCCCUGUUGCUGGUCUUCUUGAAUAAGUGCUUGAGUUGAAUAAAUGGACACAGCACUACACUAUUGUGUUUGUUUGUUUUUAGAUUUUUGGAUGAACUGCCUCUUUUUAGUAAGAGGAAAAUUAUAUCUCUCCACUGUAGGAGUGGUCACAGAGCCAUUGUUCAGCCUUAAGCACAUAAAAUGUAGGUUGAAAAGGUUUGCCCCCCUGAAAAAAUGUAAAGCCCCCCUUAAAUUUUUUUCUGUGGCUGGGUCUGGUUUGUUAACUUACAUUUUGCCCCACCACCAAAUUUACCAAAUUGAUCGUGGUACAUGUGAAGGCAGGUCGAAAUAUGGUGGUGGGGCAAAAUCUAAGUUUCUUUAUAAUCUGUGACAAAGCAAUUUUGUAAACAGCUCUAUAAAAAUAAACAAAUCUUGACUGAUUGAUGCUAUAAUAUUGUGCACCACUUUCUCACUCUUUGGAAAGUGUGUGCCUGCCUGAUGCCGGCACCCUCAGAUUAGCUGCUGUCGGAGGCUCUGUCCCUGGGAAGUAAACAGUGGCUUAACCUUAAUAUGAAUUUACGGGUAAUGGAGUCCCCUCUUACUAACAUGUGUUGUUUAAUCCUGUCAGCAGGGUGGGGGGCUCACAGGCCAACAUGGCUAACAGCGGGGCUAGCAAUGACUGAAAGUUGAAACCUCAGAUUUGUGGAAAAAAAGGACAAUUGACUAGCUGACAGCUGCUGUUCAUAGUCUUGCUACUAGCCUGGAUAAAGUCUAAGCUGCCCGAAACAGAAAGGCCUUGGAGGACCAUAAAGUCAGAGACCCAUCCAUGGAGGAGGCUGUUGGAAAGACCCCCACUCAACAAAUGGUUCAGUCCAUCCCCACCUGACCACAACAGCUCCAAGGGGAAAUGUUUUUUGACCAGACAAGUCUCCAAAACCUUUUUGCCAAGCUGUUUGAACUGGGAGGAUUUGCCUUUCUCUUAAAGUCUGACAGAGUUUUUGUGUGAGGAAAACAAAAGAUGUAGACAUUGUUUGUGAAACAAAGCCACAUCUAAAUGUGCAAAAUCAGAAACAGCAAAAAACAACCUGGAAAUCAGAUCACAAGUCAAGAACUCACCAAUUACCUCAUCUCCUGUUUGUCAAACUAACACAGAGAUAACUUUUGGCUGCAACUGUCAUUUUCUCUUCCCCCGACUGCUCUCCACUUGAUCGGCUGUAACGUAAGUUUGUUAGUGAUUGGGUACUGCUGCUGCAUCCAAGGACCAAAUUAAAAUAUCAAAUUCUUGA